AUGUUUUUUUUAAGUUUUCUUUUUACGUUUUUUUCUUUUUCUUUUUUUCUUUCUUGUUUUUGCCUGUUUAAUAUCUAUCUAUCUAUCUAUCUAUCUAUCUAUCUAUCUAUCUAUCGCAGUCUGUUGAUAUCUAUAUAUAUAAGAAUGUUCAUAUCUAUGUAUGUCUGUCCCUAUCUAUCUAUCUAUCUAUCUAUCUAUCUAUCUAUCUAUCUAUCUAUUGGAGCACACCCUGAAAAUUCUGUUCAAACAACUAAUGUUUAUCUACGUCUUAGUGAUGGUGGUGACUGUUUUCUUUUUGUUUAUCGGUACACGUCACCUGACUUUCCUGUAAGAUUAUUCUUUAUUUGCCUCUCUCUAUCUCUCUCUCUCUCUGUCUCUCUCUCUCUCUCUCUCUUCUUUUUUGUCUUUUUCUUUUUGUCCUUCCUAAUUAUUCGUUUUAAUUUCCUCGCAUCUUCACACUCUUUCUCUGAUUCGCUCUCUCUCUCUCUCUCUCUCUCUCUCUCUCAUCAGCGUCUUCUCUCUCUCUCUCUCUCUCUCUCUCUCUAUUCGAGGCGCUCUACAUUCGUCUUAGAAUCUAUCUAUCUAUCUAUCACAGUCACUAUCUAUCUAUCUAUCUCUAAUUCUAUAUCUAUCUAUCUAUCUAUCUAUCUAUCUAUCUAUCUAAGUCUCUUCAUAUAUAUCUAUCUAUCUACUUCAAUCUUUUCAUCUCUCUCUCUCUCUAUAUAUAUAUAUAUAUAUAUGUGUGUGUGUGUGUGUGUGUGUGUGUCUGUUCAUACCAAUCUAUCUAUCUAUCUAUCUAUCUAUCUAUCUAUCUAA